ACCACAGCCAGGCUGAGGCAGGCCGACGCGGUACUUAACGCCCAGCAAUACGCACGCGCCCGCUCCGCUUCGUUCUCUUCGCCCCGGUUGAGUAGGCCGAGGGGGAGAGCGAGACCCAUGCCCGACACCGUGACGCCCCGCAGUUUCCGACCCAGCCUCCGCCGCUCGUCGCCACCGGUGGCCGCCGCCGGACCAGCUCCCGGCCCCGAUCUCCUCCUCCCGAGCCAGCGCCCGUCGGGGCCGCGCCGGUCGCGCACCGGCUUCCUCCUCCCCCUGCCCCCGGAGAUCCAUUCGGGAUUUGAUAAUAAUGGGGGAGAGCAAAUGGAUGGGAAAAAGAUGGGAGGAGAUGGAUACUGAUGUUCUCGUGAAGAUAUUUAAGGAGCUAAACUUGGUUGAGCUAUCACCAGUAUCUCAAGUUUGCCGCUUAUGGCGUUUGGCCUGUUCAGAUCCACUUAUAUGGGGCACUCUUGACUUUGGGCUUCUAAAAUCCAACUUCAUUCAAACAAGAGCAUCUCCAUAUAUUUGGGUUGAUGACAGGUCUGACAAGAGGCUUGCAAAAAUACUACGGGUGGCAAUGGCAAUUAGCCGUGGAAAUGUUAAUUGUAUGAUAUUCCAUUACAAUCUGUACAUGAAAGAUGAACACCUGCAUUACAUCUCACAAAGAUCUCCUAAUCUAAAACGAUUGGUUAUGCCAGCAUGGAACCGCAUUUCAAGGGCGGGAAUAUGCCAAGCUAUUGAAAGGUGGGGAGAGCUGGAGUCCUUGACUAUGCCUACCAUUGGUCAUCCUCCAUAUAUCAUGGAGGGGUUAGCCAAUAGCUGCAAGAACUUUAAAGAGCUCAAGAUCAUGGGUUCAUUUGAUCUCCUAUUUGCUUCAGCAGUUACCACAUACCUUCCAAAGCUGAAAGUCUUGAGCCUUCGUUGCUCAAAGGUGACAAUGGGUGCCUUGCAAUGUGUUCUGAACUCGCUGGAGCAUCUUGAGGUUCUGAAUAUUUCCCACUGCCUGCUGUUUGAGAUGGCCACGAAUGGGCGUAGGCAAGUGAUUCAUGAGCUAGAUAACAAAGCUCUCGAGAGAGCUUCCCGGCUGCGGGAGUUCCACCACUGCCAAAGCAGACAAUGUGUCGCAUGCCAGCGGAUGAUGCUGGAUGAAGGUAUCUUGCGGUGGUAUAGGUAUGAGGACUGGUUUUGGCGACGGGAUGAGGUGAGAUCGCUUGAUCUGAAAGAUUAUGGGAGGCUGUUUGGUGCACAGUGUGAGAUGCUGACAUCGGUGGAUUAGAUGCUAAUCGGGAAAUAAACCUGCCUCCUCAUUUUAGAAGCUUGCUGAUGACGAGCCAGUCAUUCGUAAAUCGUAGCAAAGCAUCGGUAAGCUGUAACCCCAGAGAAAUAAUGGCAAUAAUAAUGUGCAUGCAUGGUGGUGUGGAUAGCUUAUGUUGUAAAUGGAUGAAUAGUCUGUCUUGUUUGAAGGUGUUGUUGCAUAUCUGUGGUGUUCAGAAUGUAAAACUCAGAAACAUAUGCUUUGAAGUGGUGUUUGCAUUGGACUUCGAUUCA